GCUUAAAGAGCCGCAGCAGUGCACCACCACCGUCUCCACCUCAUUCGUGUUUCUUCUUCCCUCCAGCUCCAGCUCGGGCUUUUCCGACAGCAGACCCCAGUCUCCAGCCCGGACAGCAGGCCACAACUCCAACACUCCUCCUCCUCCGCCUCCCCCUCUGCCCCCUCCUCCUCCACCCUUACCCUCCACAGGCUUGCGCGGCACUCCUCCUCCUAUUCCUCCUCUACCAGUCCAGCAGCAGCCCCCAGCCAUCCCGCCUCCCCCCGCUCCCCUCCAGAUAGCCCCGGGUGUUCUCCAUCCAGCCCCUCCACCCGUGGCACCUCCCCUCCACUCCUCAUCUCCAGCUCGUUUCCAGCAGGUCCUGGACAAAGGUCCAUCCGCGGGUUCUGGUAUUCAGUCAGACAGCACCAUCCUGCCUCCUCCACCGCCACCACCUCCCCUGCCCCUCCCAGGAGCGCGGAGCUCAUCACCGUGCCUAUCAGGGCCACCACCUGUGCCCGCCUUCCCUUCAGCAGGAGCCAUGGCCUCCCCUCCCCCCCACGCCGUCCACGACGUGGGGACCAAGAGGCACCAUCCAGCCAAUCUGCCACCCAUCAGCGAUGCACGCAGCGUCCUGUUGGAGGCUAUCAGAAAAG